CUGAAAAGAAAUUUGCCAGCAUACUUGGCUCCUUGGAGGUCUUCUCCAUGUGCCUUUAGGUCCUCCAAAUCAGAACUGAUGCCAAACCUAGCCAGUGAAGGAGUCGUCUGUGCUCCGCUUCAAACGUUCACUGAAGAGGAGACAAUGCUGAAAAAUAUGGUGACAAAAUUUGCUCAGGAACGAGUUGCCCCUUUCGUGCAAAAAAUGGAUGAGAAUUCAGAAAUGGAAGACUCUGUAAUACAAGGAUUGUUUGAACAAGGGCUGAUGGGUAUUGAGCUUGGGGAAGAAUAUGGAGGAACUGGAGCUUCAUUUUUUUCAACCAUAUUGGUGGUAGAAGAAUUGGCCAAAGUUGAUCCAGCUGUAGCUCUUCUAUGUGAACUCCAAAAUACACUAAUAAUUAAGUUGUUUACCACAUACGGAACAGAAGAACAAAAGAGAACUUACUUGCCCAGAGUCGCUAAAGAUACAAUAGGCAGUUUCUGUCUUUCGGAGGCUGGAUCUGGCAGUGACGCGUUUUCUUUGAAGACUCGGGCUGAAAAGAAAGGAGACUACUAUGUUAUCAAUGGCUCGAAGAUGUGGAUUAGCUUAGCAGAACAUGCAGGAGUUUUCUUUGUGAUGGCAAAUACAGACCCAUCCUUAGGAUACAGGGGAAUUACGUGCUUCAUAGUAGAUCGCAACACAGAGGGACUACGUGUAGAGAAGAAGGAGGAUAAGCUUGGAAUCAGAGCAUCUUCUACCUGCCCAGUAACACUUGAAAACGUUAAGGUUCCUGAGACCAAUAUCCUGGGACAAGUUGGGCAAGGCUAUAAGUACGCAAUUGGCAUGCUGAAUACCGGCAGAAUAGGUAUUGCCGCCCAGAUGUUAGGACUGGCACAGGGAUGUUUUGACCAUACGAUUCCCUAUACAAAGGAGAGAGUCCAGUUUGGGAAAAGCGUAUUUGAUUUCCAGGGGAUGCAACACCAGAUAGCUCAGGUGGCCACGCAGCUGGAGGCGGCGAGGUUGCUGACCUACAACGCGGCUCGCCUUGCGGAGACAGGCCGGCCGUUCAUCAAGGAGGCCAGCAUGGCCAAGUACUACGCUGCGGAGGUCGCCACGCUGACAACUAGUAAAUGUAUCGAGUGGAUGGGUGGCGUUGGGUUCACAAAAAAUUACCCAAUAGAAAAGUACUAUCGUGACUGCAAGAUAGGUACAAUAUAUGAAGGAACUUCAAAUAUCCAGUUGAGCACCAUCGCAAAAAUCUUAGCACAGGAGUACUGAAAGCAUAAGGACUUCUUGACUACUGACAGAAAUGAGUUCCCUGAACACUCAUGGGGAAUU